CAAUGAAUCAUCAAUAAACCUCUUUAAAAGAUUCCGUACAAAUCUGUCAUCGUAAACAAUCCGGUGUUACCUUUCCGCAUCGUAAUUAUCCAAUCCAGCGAUCAUCGGGCGUUUUGUUCUUCUCGGUUUCUCAGGCGCGGAAUUCAUCCAUUUUAGGGUUUAAACAGUUCUGCUACACUUAGUCAAAUCUAGGGUUUUUUCUUAUCUGCCUCAAAACACCAAACACUUUCCAAUUUGUAGAAGCUCGAUCGAUACCUGAAGUUUCGAAUUAAGCAAAACCCCAACUCAAUUUGAUUACUCCCUCGUUCUAGGGUUUUUAUUUGAUUCUACAACUUACAUCACAAUGUCUGACUGGCAACAGUAUGCUCAAACAAUAUUUUUCGGUUUGAUAUUUUCAUUUCUUCUAGCAAAACUCUUCUCUAUAAUCUUCUCGUUUCGCGACCAAAAUCUCCGUAUUACUCGUGCUAACUCUGAUGAAGAUCAAUCCUAUGAAAAAGUAAGUGAAUCCGACUCCGAAUCAGUUCAGGAAGAGAAGAAACAAGGUGCGGAGUUUCCAAGGGAUUCCAACACUAGUGAUGAAGAAAAACCAUUAGUUGGUCAAGGAAAGGAAAAUGCAUGGACUAGUAGUGAUACUGAUGAUGAUUGGGAAGGUGUAGAGAGUACGGAAUUAGAUGAGGCGUUUAGUGCUGCCACCGCGUUUGUGGCGGCGACAGCCGCUGAUCGGUCAUCGCCGAAGGUUUCUACUGAUUUGCAGUUACAGCUUUAUGGAUUGUAUAAAAUUGCCACUGAAGGACCUUGCAGCGUUCCUCAGCCUUCUGCCCUAAAAAUGACUGCUCGCGCUAAAUGGAACGCAUGGCAGAAACUAGGUGCAAUGCCCACAGAGGAAGCAAUGUUGAAGUAUCUUGAGAUUAUUACAGAGUUAUACCCUACUUGGGUUGCUGGUUCAACUUCUAAGAGAAAAGAUGGAGAUGCCAAUGAACGAUCAAGUAAUGAUACCAGACCAAUGGGACCUGUUUUCAGCUCUUUGAUCCAUGAAGAGGAAUCCGACGAGUUAAAACUAGAUGCAAUACAUGCUUUUGCAAGAGAAGGAGAUACAGAGAACUUGCUGAAAUGUGUUGAGGGUGGUGUUCCAGUGGAUAUAAAGGAUAGUGAAGGGCGAACCCCUUUGCAUUGGGCUGUUGAUCGUGGCCAUAUUGAAGCUGCAGAAUUGCUGUUGAGCAAGAAGGCUGAUGUGAACUUGAAGGAUAAUGAAGGGCAGACAGCAUUGCAUUAUGCUGCUGUUUGUGAGAGAGAAAGCAUUGCUGAGUUGCUUGUGAAAAGAAAUGCUGCUAAAGAUAUAAAAGAUGAUGAUGGUAACUACCCUAGUGAUCUUUGUGAAUCAAAAUGGCCCUGGAUCCAACCCCAGGUUGCCUCUCUUGAUUGAAAUUUUUGUUUGAAUUUUGUUAGACGCCUCUUUCGUUUAAAAGUUUAAAUGUUUUUCAUCUUUCAUGCUUCCUGUUCUUACAAUUGAACAGUGUAUUCAGGCAUCUUGUAGUUCAUAGAUUCCUCUUUUAUCUUUGGUUUCUCAUCGAAUAUGUUACUAGAUAAUGAAGAAGGUGAUAUUCAUACUCAA